CCGGGCGGUAUGCGCGGACAACCCUCCUCAGUCAGUUAUUCACAGAGAGAAGAUGGCGGCGCCGUCUGUAAUGAUGCCGUAUUUCAGCCAGCAAGUUUCUUCCAAAAGCGACAUGGUCCCGGACUGGACCCGCCAGGAAGUCAGCACCGGGACGACCAUCAUGGCGGUGGAGUAUGACGGCGGGGUGGUGAUCGGCGCCGACUCUCGCACCACCACAGGAGCCUACAUCGCCAACAGAGUCACAGACAAACUGACUCGGAUCCAUGACCGGAUCUACUGCUGCAGGUCUGGAUCAGCCGCUGACACUCAGGCCAUCGCUGAGGUCGUCGCCUACCAGCUGGGCUUCCACAGCAUCGAGCUGGACGAGCCCCCAUUGGUGGAGACGGCCGCCAACCUGUUCCGGGCGAGCUGCUACCGUUACAGAGAGGAGCUGACUGCUGGGAUCCUGGUGGCAGGCUGGGACAGGAGGAAGGGCGGACAGGUGUACAGCGUUCCUAUUGGUGGAAUGUUGGUGAGGCAGCCGGUGUCGGUGGGCGGCAGCGGCAGCACCUACAUCUACGGCUUCAUGGACUCCAACUACAAACCAGGACUGAACAAAGACCAGUGCAUGGAGCUCACCGCCACAGCUCUGACUCUGGCGAUGGAGCGGGACGGCUCCAGCGGGGGCGUGGUCAGACUGGCCAGCAUCUCAGAGGAGGGGGUGGAGCGACGCGUCAUCCUGGGAAACCAGCUGCCCAAGUUCUCCACACACUGAGCACGCUCAGUUGUUCUGCUCACGUGUCUGUUAUAUUAAUAAAGUUUUGAAUUUGUCUCUUCA